ACCAUUAGUUCCCGAAGUCUAACUAGAUGUCGCCACAGUACGUUCUUGAUUUCUCUAUGACAACCUUUCCGGUUUUCUUUCAUGUUUAGAAAUAAAUUAGUUUUCUAAACUCAAUAAACAACACAAAUUGUAAAUGUACUCUUUCGUAUUUGUAUUGUUAUCUAAGUUUCGAACUUUUCAAGUUUCAGUUUUUUAAUAUGUUAGUUAAUAGGAACGGAAAUAACGGUGAAUAGUGGAGGUGCUUUUUAGUGCUUUCGUUUUUAUUUAAAUACUUCCUCAUUGUAGUAAAUAAUUAAGAAGCUGCGUAAAAAUAAUAUUUGAUGUUAGUUUUAAACUGUAGGGUUACUUGGUGGAUUUAAAAAUACCUAUAUUAAGUUGGAAUAGGUACCGCCUAGUAUUUUGAAAUAUGUGUGGGUCGUGAGUAUGCUUUACUUCAACAAGAUAAUCAAUGACAACCUUAGUUCCAAUAAAUUUGAUCCUUUCGCUCUUAAAUUAAAACAAAAAAGAAGAAAGUCAAAUUGUCAAGUAAAAUGUCAUUAUAAAUUAUACUCUUUGGACGGAUUGUUGAUCUGCUUCUGCGAGUGGUUUUUUGCCUGUUCUGAUAUUAAUUAUGCGAGAAUUAAAAGUUUAAUGACAAAUGAGUUAAAAAGAGGCAUUUGUUUUCUUUGAAGCAUGAAUAUAAUAAAUAUGUCCUCGUUCAUUAGUCAUAGAGAUGAUAGCAAAGUGAGUGUUGAUGAAGCUGUUACGAAAGACAAUGUGACAUACUACAAAAUUACUGUUAAAGUUGGCCCUGUUAACUGGAGCGUUUCACAUAGGUUCAGCGAGUUCGUAGAACUCCAUGAGAAACUUGUAUCUGACCACGGAGUCACCAAAGAAUGGCUGCCUCCAAAAAAAGUGAUCGGUAAUAAAACACCAAAAUUUAUAGAACAAAGACGAGAUGCCUUGAAUGAAUAUCUUAAAAAUGUAUUAAACUACUUAAGACUGACGAUGCCGUAUGAAUUUGCUCACUUUUUGGACUUCCAUUUGUAUGAUAUAUUUUUUCUUUUACAAGAUUUAGCAAAGAAUCUAUAUUUGGAAGGUGAUAAGAUAUUACAAGAUACAGCAGCUUACAAGCUUACACCUGUAGAGCUUCAUGCAAUUAGCGAAAGGUUGAAAAUGGCAUGUCCACCUACAGAAAAGGUUGAUCAAAUGUAUGACUUCAGUCACAUUUUGGACUUUUGCUCUCAACUCCGUUGUUUAAAUAUAGAGGGAAGCUAUGAAAAGUUUGGCUCUAGCAACAUUGUACCAAAUGAUCUACAUUUUGACCUUGUGCCUUUCAAGUCUUUGGUUGAUUUGAAAAUUAUUGGCGUGCCAAUGGCUUGUAUACAAAGUGUUGGUAGUCUUCGUGACACUCUGGUUCAUUUAUCAGUAUUAAUUGCAACAGUUGUGUCACUUAAUGAAUUUUUAUUGGUUGAUAUUUUGCACAAAGAUCCAUCAAGUGUAGAUGACACUAUGGUGAGUAGCCACAAAAAAUUAAAUACACAUACAAAUACAAAUAACUCUCAUAAAGGUUUUGUCACAGUCAAAAUGUGAAUUUAUAUUUUAUUCUAAACAUAAAAUAAUAAGUAUAUUCACCAGUUUUUGUAUUGCUGCUCUUAAUUAUAUUCUUUUUUUUUCAUGACAACUUGAUAAUAAUGUUACAUUGUAGCAAAGUACUAUACUCAAAACUUAAAAUACAGUUAUCAAUUGUACAUACAUAGUUUCACCUGCAUCCUUUUUCUUUUCUUCCAUUCUUCUCUCACUAAG